AUGUCGGCAACCAAAGACAAAGCUACAAUGGAAAAUAGCGACGAUGAGGCUAACAUUGAACCGGUGAAGGCUAACACCAUUGAUGAGCUCCAUUCGCUACAAAGGAAGAAAAAUGUUACUCCUAACAAAUCUAAGAACGAUUUAGAUGAUUAUUCCGGACAAGAGCGUCACAAACAACAACUUGAAUCUAUCAGUGCAUCUCUAGCAUCACUGACAAGAGAAACUGGACCCAAGGUAGUGAGAGGAGAUCCAGCUCUGAGAACACAAACACAGAGGGUUGCUCAUGUGCCUCACCAACGUAUCACACCAACUAUUGCUGUCAGUGAUAGUGCCCUCAAGUUCACUCAUGUUCUCUAUAAUCUCUCCCCAGCAGAACUUUAUGAGCAAGCCAUAAAGUACGAGAAAGGAUCGUUCGUAACUUCAACCGGAGCCUUGGCCACGCUUUCAGGGGCCAAGACUGGACGGUGUCCGAAAGAUAAGCGUGUCGUGAAGGAUGACCUCACUGAGAAUGACCUUUGGUGGGGAAAGGGUUCUCCGAACAUUGAAAUGGAUGAGCACAGUUUCAUGGUGAAUCGAGAAAGAGCUGUUGAUUACUUGAACUCUUUGGAUAAGGUUUUCGUGAAUGAUCAAUUCUUGAACUGGGAUCUAGAGAACAGAAUCAAAGUCAGGAUUGUUUCUGCUAGAGCUUAUCAUUCACUUUUUAUGCAUAACAUGUGCAUUCGACCGACUCCUGAAGAGCUUGAGAAUUUUGGAACACCGGAUUUCACUAUCUAUAAUGCAGGACAGUUUCCGUGUAAUCGUUAUACACAUUACAUGACAUCUUCUACGAGCGUAGAUAUUAAUCUUGCGAGGAAAGAAAUGGUGAUUCUUGGAACACAAUAUGCUGGUGAAAUGAAAAAGGGUCUUUUUAGUCUCAUGCAUUAUCUCAUGCCGAAGCGCCAAAUCCUCUCGCUACACUCCGGUUGCAAUAUGGGCAAAGAUGGUGAUGUUGCUCUCUUCUUCGGACUCUCAGGUACCGGAAAAACCACUCUUUCGACGGAUCACAACAGGUAUUUAAUCGGAGACGAUGAACAUUGUUGGAGUGAGGAUGGUGUCUCAAACAUUGAAGGGGGUUGCUAUGCAAAGUGCAUUGAUCUCUCUAAGGAAAAAGAACCUGAUAUCUGGAAUGCAAUUAAGUUUGGUACAGUUGUGGAGAAUGUUGUUUUUGACGAUCAUUUUCGAGUAGUUGAUUAUGAAGACAAAUCAGUUACAGAAAAUACUCGCGCGGCUUAUCCAAUUGAGUACAUUCCAAAUGUGAAGCUACCUUGUGUUGGUCCUCACCCGAAGAAUGUGAUACUAUUAGCAUGUGAUGCAUUUGGUGUGCUUCCACCAGUUAGUAAGCUAAGCUUAUCACAGACAAUGUAUCAUUUCAUCAGUGGAUAUACAGCUUUGGUGGCUGGGACAGAAGAGGGUAUAAAAGAGCCGCAAGCAACGUUUUCAGCUUGUUUCGGUGCAGCAUUUAUAAUGCUACAUCCUACAAAAUAUGCAGCCAUGCUUGCUGAAAAAAUGCAAAACCAUGGUGCUACUGGAUGGCUUGUUAACACUGGUUGGUCUGGUGGAAGCUAUGGUUCUGGAAAUCGCAUUAAACUAUCCUAUACAAGAAAAAUUAUUGAUGCUAUUCACUCUGGAAGCCUCUUGAAUGUCGAGUACAAGAAGACUGAGAUUUUUGGACUGGAGAUCCCUACUGAAUUGGAGGGAGUCCCCUCAGAAAUUCUCGACCCUGAGAACACGUGGUCAGACAAAGCAGCAUACAAAGAGACAUUGUUGAAGCUGGCUAGAUUGUUCAAGAAGAAUUUUGAAACCUUCACUGACUAUAAGAUUGGUGAAGACAACAAAUUGACAGAAGAUAUUCUUGCAGCUGGUCCAAUCUUUUGA